GCCAUGGCCACUUCAACAAACUUAGAUGUUGGGGCCCAGCUGAUUGUGGAAGAAUGUACCACUAGCUACAGCCUUCCACCCAUGCCAGACAUAAAAGUGGAGCAUCAGCUUGACUCCAGCACAGAGGAAGGCCCAGCCCAGAGUGUCACCAUGGGAAUGAAGUUCAUUUUGCCCAAUAGAUUUGAUAUGAAUGUCUGCUCGCGAUUUGUGAAAUCUUUGAAUGAGGAGGACAGUAAAAACAUUCAAGACCAAGUCAACUCUGACCUUGAAGUCGCUUCUGUCUUAUUUAAAGCUGAAUGCAACAGCCACACUUCUCCUUCCCCUGGUAUCCAAGUAAGACAUGUUUAUACUCCAUCAACUACUAAGCACUUCUCACCAAUAAAACAAUCAACUACUCUAACUAACAAACACAGGGGAAAUGAAGUCUCUACAACACCUCUGCUUGUAAACUCUUUGUCAGUUCACCAGCUGGCUGCACAGGGAGAGAUGCUAUACCUGGCCACGCGCAUUGAACAAG